CACUAUGUGAUUCAACUGUGUUAUUUGUUUUACUCCUAAUUACUUUCUCCUUAUAAUUACUCAUAUAAUUUUGAAAAUAAAGGAUCUUCAGUUUAAUCAAUCUAAUCACAGUAUCGCUUUCCCUUCAAUUACCUUACAAAAUUUUCUCUUAUAAAGACUUAUUUUAGCUUUUCUUUGUUUUAUUUUUACUUUUCAAUUCAAGCUAAUUACAUUUGAUCUUGUAUAAACAAGAUUUGAUGGUCAUCAACGCGACAUACUAUAUUCAAUUUAUUUUAAAAUCUUGCUUGGAUAGAUGAUCUACGACUGUUGUUUACAAUAACGUCGUAAGCAGAGUUAUUUAUGUAUGUAUUGUUGUUUCUUAUUUUUAUUUUUAUUUGAUGCGGCAAAGAAAUAGAAAGUAGAAUGUAUGUUUUACUAGCCAUAAGCCCUAUACUUGACAUUAUUGCCAGCAAUAUAAAGCCAAGCGAUUAUCAAGCUGACUUCUUUCAAGGGCAGUCUACGCUGAAAAGCAUGAGCAGACAGCUCAAAGCUCACGAGCUAUAUUUCAAUGAUACGAGCCAACACAGGUCUGAUGGACUGAUCAAGCUCUUUAGUCUGAGAAAGGCAGAGCUCUUGUUGCUUGAAACAAAACAUGCUUCGAUCAUCAUAGGGGCGUAUUUGGUGCACUGGCAAUGUUAAAGUACAUAGCAGGUGAUCUUGCCUUUACUUCUGUUGAGCUGAUUGAGGGGGUGAAGGUAUUUUUUUCCAUGCUGAAAGUAUGGCUGGUAUCCAAUAAAGAUGCUACCAUUGAUUUCUUUCUUUCAAACAUAGAUACCCACCUUCAUCUCUGGAGUAUUAGCUACAGAAAAAUAAGGGAGGGGUUUUGUCUUUAUAGAGAAUCAAUGCUUCACGUCAAGCCAAAAUUUGAAAAAAAGAAAAGUCUUUGUCCCUCAGCUAUUACAAUUCU